AUGUGUGGGAAUCUUCCAGUGUUAUUUGAGAGUAACGAGGGUCUAAAGAAAUUGUUCUACAAGUUAAUGAAAUCUGACAAUCCGGAGGACAAGAUGGAAUUUGACCAGGACAAGCUGACACGCCACGCUACUAUCGUGAUGCAAGGACUGGGUGCUGCAGUGGAAAGUUUGGAGGAUUCAGUCUUUCUCACAAACGUACUGAUCGCCAUGGGAGAACGUCACGCCACCUACAACGUGAAGACCGACAUGGUUCCGCACCUCUGGCCGGCCAUUCGGGACUCUUUUAGGGAGUUGAUGGGAGAAGACUUUUCACCUGCUGUUGAAAGUGCAUGGCUACAUGUGUUUGAAUACAUAGGCAGUAAAUUCAAAAUGGGGAUAAUAUCAGGCAAAAA